GUCCACAUGAAAUUAAGAGGAAAAGAAGAAGAAAAAAGUUUAGAGAUGGGAGGAAAGAUCAAAGAAAUUAAGAGGAAAAGAAAAAAGAAAAAAGAAGUUUAGAGAUGGAAGAAAAGAUCAAAGAUAUUGAAGUAGAAAGUUCCUUAGCUCCUACAUUCCUCCAUUCAUAGCAACCCGUUGGAAGGAUCAAAAUAUUAUUCAAAGUUCACGUAGAAUAAGUUGCUAACUAAACUUCAAGUCAUGACUUUUAAUUUCUUUCAAUCACCAGUCUCUCUAUCUCUAGCUCCCUUAUUGUCCCACUAGUUUAUAUAAUCGACUUCAAUUAAUUUGGGAUAUUACAUGUUUCUAGUUUGACGAGUACUAACAACUUAUAUCAGGUUCAAUUAAGAAUAUUGAAGUGAAGAAAAAGGAAAAUGGAAGCAAAUCAGAAACCCAAAUCAGUAGGAGCUCUACUUACUCCUACAAUCAUGCAAACUCCAAUGCCAGAUUCUACGGUUCUCCUUGAAGAACUCUUGUGGAGGGCAUUAGAUUUUGCAACUCUCAGACAAAGCUCUGUCUCUUUUUUUGACAUAGGAAAGACAGAGUCAGUAGUUUCGCGUUGGACAAGGGCUAAAAUCCGGGCUUCCAAGGUUGGAAAGGGCUUGUCAAAGGAUGGGAAAGGCCAAACACUAAAUUACAGGCACUGGUUAGAAGCUAUAGAUCCACGCCACCGGUAUGGCGUGAACCUAAAUCGUUAUUAUGAAGUGUGGUGCAACAGCGAAAGCUCACAACCAUUUUUCUACUGGCUAGAUUUUGGUGACGGAAAAGAAGCAAUUGCCCAGAAAUGUUCGAGGAGUGAUCUACAAUCCCAAUGCAUUAAGUAUCUCGGACCAAAAGAGAGGGAAGCAUAUGAAGUAACUCUAAAGAAUGGAAAAUUUAUGUACACCAAAACUGGUGUUUAUGUGGACACAGUUGAGGGUACUAAAUGGAUGUUUGUGCUUAGCACCUCAAGGACCUUAUAUGUUGGAGAGAAGCAAAGACACCAUUUUCACCACUCCAGUUUUCUAGCUGGAGGUGCUUCUCUUUCGUCUGGAAGAUUGGUUGUGUCCAAGGGAGAGCUCGAGGCUAUAUGGGCAUACAGUGGUCAUUAUAGGCCAACAGAAGUGCAUUUUGAGGAGUUAAUAACCUUUCUUGAGGAGCACCAUGUUGACCUCACCAAUGUUAAGAAAUACUCAAUAGAUGAUGACACACUCCCCAAGCCAAAAAUUUCAAGCCUUACAAAUGAAUCAAAAGAUGAUGGCACCAAAAAUUCCACUGAUGAAGUCAUUCCAAAUGCUGCCUAGCUCAAGGAUUACAGAAAAUCCUUUUGAUUGGUGCAAUAAAACUCUUAUCUAAGAUUAAUUUUGGAAGUUCAGUAGUUCACUAAUAUUGUUUGACUCCAAUAAGAAGUAGCUGCAAAGAGAAAAUGCAAACAGCUUCAUGUAAACAAAAUAACGGGAAACUAUGACCAAAGAAUUCUUUAUCAA